UCUUAUGUCUAACGCGAUUAUCUACACUACCACGCGUGUACUUCCUUUCGUAAGAUGGAUUUGGCAACUUGUUCGAAGGAUUCACCGGCACUUUUAGACAAGAAUUAUUAAACACAGCGCCGCUAUGACUUGAAGUCAUCUUUACUUACUAAUAUAUAUACAUUUUUAUAAAAAAAAAUUAUCGGUUAUAGCUUGGGUGGUGUUUCCAUAGCAACACGCAAGCUUUGUUUUUUUUUUAUUGUGUUUCAGAACAUUCGAAUAGUAUACCUACGUUUAAAUUAACGCACUAUAAGAUUUUCUGUGUGUGCUUUUUUUUCAGUCUGAUAAUUUAUAUAAAUAAUUAAAAAGACCGUUGUUUCAGAUAAUAUCACGAUUCUCUUUGAUAGUAUCGAUUUUAGAACAUGGCCAAACUGAAAAAGUGAAAUUAAACAAUAACAACUCGGGAAUUGGGAAAGAACGUGUCGUGUAUACAAUGUUCGGCGGACGUUUUGUAUUUCGAUGUCGCAUUUUGUAUACUGGCAGUUGCCAGCAAGUGAAAGGCUGCCUUGCGGUGCGGCAUGCACAUGUGAACACGCAAGACAAGAGCCGUUACUAUGAUGUUAUCAUAGCUGGAGGCGGGUUGGUUGGAACAACUCUCGCAGCUGCAUUAGGGCACACCAGCACGCUGGCCGGCAAGACCGUGCUGCUGCUGGAGGGAGGGCCGUGCUGUUCGUUCCAGCUGCAGCCGCGCUACAGCAACCGUGUGGUCGCCAUCAACAACAGCUCCCAGAGCCUGCUGGAGUCCGUCGGAGCGUGGCAGCACGUCCUGGCUGCCAGGUGUGCGCCCGUCAGGAAGCUGCAGGUGUGGGACGCGUGCUCGGACGCGGCGGCCUCGUUCGGCCGGGACGACCUGGCCCGUGCCGUGGCCCACGUGGUGGAGAGCGACGUGCUGCUGGCCGCGGUGAGCCGUGCCGCUCAGCUGGCCUCCAGCGUGACCACGCUGCACGAGGCGAGCGUGCGCAGCUGCGAGCUGCCUCGGCCCGGCACGGACUCCGACCUGGUGCGCGUGCACACGGACCACGGCUCCUUCGCCUGCAGCCUGCUGGUGGGGGCAGACGGGGCCGCAUCCAGGGUGCGCGGCGCGGCGGGCCUGCAGUUCGUGUCCCGGGACUACCACCAGCGGGCGCUAGUGGCCACACUCCAGCUCUCCGAGCCGACGGAGAACGUGGUCGCCUGGCAGAGGUUCCUGCCCAGCGGACCCAUAGCUCUGUUACCGCUCACGGCACAGCUCAGCUCGCUGGUGUGGUCCACCAGCACGGACGAAGCUCGGCGUCUGCUCUCGCUGCCGCCUGACAGCUUCGUGGAUGCUGUCAACGAAGCUCUGUGGAAGCAGUUUCCCCGCGACAGCGCGGUGGAAUGGGCGCUGCGCGGCCUCUACAGGCUCCUGGAGGGCGUGUCGCUCGCGCCGCCGGCCGUGCGCCAGCUGCAGCCGAGUGUGGCGUGUGUGGAGGAGGGCAGCAGGGCUGCGUUCCCCCUGGGGCUCGGGCACGCCCCGCGCUACGUCGCUCCAGGCAUCGCACUCGUGGGGGACGCAGCGCACCGCGUGCACCCGCUGGCCGGGCAGGGCAUGAACCUGGGGCUGGGGGACGUGCGGAGCCUGGCGCGCGUGCUGGCCGACGCUGUGAGCAGCGGCCAGCGACUGGGCAGCAUGGCCGGGCUCCUGCGCUACGAGACGGCUCGCCAGAGACACAACGUGCCCACCGUGCUGGCCAUCGACGGUCUGCACCGGCUGUACAACACGGCGGCCACGCCCGUGGUCGUGUUGCGCAGCCUGGGGCUGCACUUGACGCAAUGCCUGCCGCCCGUCAAGGAAGCAAUUAUGGAGCAUGCUGCUGUUUGAAGAAAGCAGAUAAAUAAUAAUUGCAUGUAAAUAUUUGUAAAUAACAGUCUGCAGGAAAUGUAUUUACAAUUUGAAAUAAAAGUAACCUUUGAUUCAAACAAAAA